GGAAGAUUUACCUUUUAUCUUGACACGUAGCAGGCGCAACGGAGUUGGCAGGGCUCUGAGGAGAUCCCUCAAACAUUAAAGAGUGCGAGAUGUCAGGGUUUGACAGCUUCAACACAGACUUCUACCAGUCCAGCUACAGUGUAGAUGACCAAAGCCAGGCCGGCUAUGGCUACGGCAACACUGACAAUGCCCAGAACAAACAAUAUGGUCAGUAUGACUACUCCCAGCCCAUGGGAUACACUGCCCCGGGAAUGAUGCAGCCCCAGCAGCCCUACACAGGACAAAUCUUCCAGCCCACACAGACCUACACCCCAUCCCCGUCACAGUCCAUGUAUGGGAGCAGCUUCGAUGACGAGCCACCACUGUUAGAAGAAUUAGGAAUCAACUUUGACCAUAUCUGGCAGAAGACUCUGACGGUGCUCCAUCCGAUGAAGGUAGCAGACGGCAGCAUCAUGAAUGAGACAGACCUGGCUGGCCCAAUGGUUUUCUGUUUGGCAUUUGGAGCUACACUCCUCCUGUCAGGUAAGAUCCAGUUUGGCUAUGUGUACGGUAUCAGUGCCAUUGGCUGCCUCGGCAUGUACUGCCUUCUCAACCUAAUGAGUAUGACAGGCGUCUCCUUCGGCUGUGUGGCCAGCGUGCUUGGAUAUUGUCUCCUCCCCAUGAUCAUCCUAUCCAGCUUUGGAGUCCUCCUCUCUUUACAGGGCAUGUUGGGAAUUAUACUAACAGCAUCAAUCAUUGGCUGGUGCAGUUUCUCAGCCUCAAAGAUCUUCAUCUCAGCGUUGGCCAUGGAUGGACAGCAGCUGUUGGUUGCUUACCCCUGCGCUCUCCUAUACGGGGUCUUUGCACUCAUCUCUGUCUUUUAGAGAAAUCAUUGCAUAACAGUUUAACAUAACUGCUCCGUGGUUUCUGUAAUUUCAGUCUAAUUAGUGUCGGUAUAACUAGUGUCAUUAUUGGCUAAUUAAACUAUUAUUACAGAAAAAAAUGGGAGCUCCAGUCUAAAAUGGUCUAAAAGUUUUUCCUUUCAUAAGCCUUCACUUCUCACCACAUUCCGACUUCACCAUCUGCAGGCUGGAGCGUCUCACUCAGGUCUUCUCACCACCUUCGCUCCCUUCAUGCAUCUUAAAGGAGAGGACUGUCAAAUAAACCUGGUGAAAAAAAUAACUCUUGUGGACCAUGUUGAGCCUUUAAACAGCUUAGUACAGUCCUAUGAUUUUAAGGACAUGAAGGGGACAGAAACAAGCAAGUAGUUCACCCAGUGGAAGGGGAGGAGACAAUGUAAUUUGGACACAAAUGGGAACAUUUUCUCAGUUUCCAGGAGGGACUGAUAUGUAACCUUCAGCAAAACGUGCAACCUAAUUUGGAGCCACAUGUCAUGAUUUUUGCAAAAACUUUCGUGAGCCAUUUCAGGCCCCCUCGCAUAGAUUAUACAGCUUCAAGACUAAGGGAAACCCCAACUUUCCAUUCGCACAAGACUACAGUAGCUCAUACUACUUCUUCACCCAGAAAGGAUGAAAGAAAACUUGAAGGGGGCCCUCCUUCUUACUAUCUUUUCUCCAGGACUGAGGAGCCAUCAAUGCCACCAUUUGCUUAUCACUGUAAAAACAGCAGCACCGCUUUAUCUCCUCGUGUAUUUUAUUUUAUUCUCUUGAGAUUCAUAUGAAUUUUGAUGCCUUUCAAGAAGACAAAAAUACAGUUUGCACAAAAGCUUUUUUCUCUUUUUCAAAACCAAACCAAUUUGAUUAGAUAAUGACAAUUGAUAUGUUUUGAGAUACUUUAUGUGUCUAGGUUACAGGCAUGUUUCAAUAACAAGAGGGAUGCUUUAGUUUGCGUCCUUUACAAUCUUUAUUUUGAGUCCACUCACUUUGUAUGCUUUGAUGUGUCAUCUGUUCAUGUCUUCUCAUGCACAUUAAAGUUGUCUUUGAAGGUUA